CUGCUUACAAUGUAUAUCACAUUUAGAAAAAAAUGUGAACAAAUACAGAGGACCUAAAAGACAGAUACUGUAUUUCCUUAUCAGUUUUGAGUUUUGCUUCUCACUUCUCCUUAUCCUGUGUCAGGACACACAUGUGUGAUGUGUCGAUUUAAUGCCAAAGCUAUGGCACGAUGUGGAUGCCGGAAUCUGGAUCUGCACACACUGAGACAACACAUCCUGUUGGGAAGACUGGUACAGUGGUGGAGCUUCAGUGGACUUCUGCCACAAUACCCAGAUGCCAAUAAGUUGAAGCAGAUCUCUCAGAUGUGGCAGGAGUUGAACCAGCACCACAAGACAACUUGUCUGGAGCUGCGAUGUGAUAUUGAGGAUAAAUAUAGAGGGAGCUCCAUUAUACAGGGUAUGGUGGCUCAUAUGCACAAACAGUAUGGGCCACUAUGGGUUUCAGAAGACUGCACCUACCAGACUUACCCACCACCUUCUCUACACUCUCUCUUAAAGCUAGUACUGGUCCCUUACACAGACACCACAUCUGCCCUAGCCAUUAUAAUGUAUUUUGUCCUGGAUGUGUCUAACAUGCAAUGUAAAGGAGACUUCCUGGAGUCUUUCUGCCAUACCUUUAGCAUACCAUCCAGCUUCUCCCAACAGAUCUAUGGAUUGUGGCUCCUAGACCAUGGCUUUGUAUCUGUAUGCCAUCUUCUAUCAUCACACUCCUAAAAUUUUAAAGCUAUAAUUUCUAGUCUGUCUGGGAUAGACUUGCUCUUGUUACAAAUAGUGUUCUGGAAAGCAAUUACUUUUCCCCCAUAGAAAUCACUUGGAAAACUUUUGAGCCCAGAGACCAGUUCAGCAUGGUUAUCAUGUCACAGUUAUGCUGUGAUAAGGACCUUGCUGAGACAGGGGCAGGGGCAAGCAGCACUGAAGUACCUUUACUACACCAAGCCUGCUAUAGAGAAUACUCAGGAAGCCAGACUGUAUGUGG